CUUCUUUGCAAAAUUAAACACAACACAAAAUAAAAUCACUUUUCUGUAUUUUGCGUUCAUCGAAUGUUGUCUUUCUCACGGAAUAAUGAUGAAUUAGUUUGGAACAUAGUAUCAGUGUAAAGCAGUUUGCUUUAAUGAACGAUAGGGAAGUGAUUAAGACCUAUAAACAUUAUGUAGACCUUAGUCAAGUUGCCUAGACAAGUUAACAAAAAUUGGAGUAUCGAUCUUUUGUCUUCGGAUGCUUGUAGUGUGAUUUUAUAAAUACUCAAAAUGUCAGUGGUUAAAGGUAAAGCAUUAGUGAAAAUGGACGUAAUUCACGUUGGUGAAUACGAGUUCACCAAGCAAGACAUUAUAGGCCAUGGGGCUUUUGCCAUGGUUUACAAAGGAAGGAAGAGAAAGAAUCCGUCCCAGUCGGUGGCAGUGAAGGUGGUGACGAAGAAGGGCAUACAGAAGGCGUCGGAGAUCCUCGUGAAGGAGAUCAAGAUCCUGCGCGAGCUGACGGCGCUGCACCACACCAACCUCGUCGCCAUGCACGACUGCAUGGACAGUCCAGCUUACGUCUACGUUGUCAUGGAGUACUGCAAUGGCGGCGACUUGGCGGACUACCUGCAAGCGAACCGGCUUCUCAGCGAGGGUACCAUCAGAACGUUCCUCCGACAGCUGGCGGAGGCGAUGCGGGCGAUCCACGCCAAGGGCAUCGUCCACCGAGAUCUCAAACCACAGAACAUACUGCUCACGCAUAACGUCAUGCCGCCCCGCACGCCGCAUCCCACUGAAAUUACACUCAAGAUAGCGGACUUUGGCUUCGCGAGAUUUUUGGAGGAGGGCAACAUGGCUGUCACUCUAUGCGGUUCACCGAUGUACAUGGCCCCCGAAGUAAUAAUGUCGCUGAAGUACGACGCGAAGGCGGAUUUAUGGAGUUUGGGCACGAUAGUCUACCAGUGCCUGACGGGCAAGGCGCCCUUCCAAGCCACCACCCCUCAUGAGUUGAAGGCCUUCUAUGAAAACUCCGUCGAUUUACAACCAAAGAUGCCGGCCGGCACGAGCCCCGAGCUAUGCAACCUGCUGAUCGGGCUGCUGCGCCGCAACGCGCGAGAGCGCAUGCCCUUCGAGGUGUUCUUCAACCACCCCUUCCUACAGCGACCGAGAUCCACCUCCAUCACUAGUUUAAACUUGGAUCUGCCGGACAUAAUCGAAUGUAAUGAAAAUUAUGAAGCUAAUUGUAUGGAGGCCUUGUGGGAUAGCCAGGAAACGAAUUCGAACAACGCAAUACCGACGUCGAGCGUGGCGCGCGCCCCCGCCGCCCCCGCGCCGGUGCAGCCCGCGCCACCGCAGACCAGAGACACGAAGAAGGCACAACCCUCGUCAUCCACGGAAUCUGCGGAUCUGCUGUGGGCGGGAGCAGAGGACUUCGUGGUUGUGGAGGCGGAGAGCACCGGGUCGGACGGCUCGCACACUUCCGGCUCCGGCUACGAGGCGGCGCCGCGCCCGCGCUCGCUCGCGCUAGUCGCCCCGCCUCCCGCGCCGCCUGAACACGCCCCGCCCGCACGGAACCCCAUAAGCGUGGCGUCGAACGUGCCUCGCUCGCAACCGAUAGACGUCCUCCGAUCCAACCACAAUCGAAACACGAACAAUAUCGGAUCACUUUCACCACCCACGGUGCCGUUCACUAUGGGGACUCCCCCGUCGACGCGUCGACGCAGCGCCUCCGGGAGUUCCCCGCCGCCGUCGCUGUGGCAGGUCUCACCCACCAAUGCCAGCCCACUGCGUAGAUCAGGGUCGUCGCCGCCGGUGUCUCUGGCCCUGAAGGCGAGCGGCGAGGCGGCGUCGCCGAAGCGCGGCGCGCUGCCCGACGCGCUGCUCCGCCCGCUCAAACUGCACGACCCCCCAGUCUACAUACCCAACCUGCAGGAGGAGACCAUACUAGCCGAGGAGCACAGCAAAGUAUUCUCUCAGCUGAACUUUGUGUUGAUGCUGGCGGAGCUGCUGUCCGACCUGGCCGUAUCGUGCGGCGCGCCCAUCGCAGCGCUCAUGGACGCUUCCGACGAGCGGUCACACGAGAGCGUGCGCCUUGGUCUGCUGGUGCAGGCGAUGCAGGCGCUGGCGGCCGGCCUGCGGCUCGCCACCGCCCACUACCGCGCCCGCACGCUCCAGCCCACGCCGCAAGUGCGCUCCGUGGUCUCCCUCAUGAACGGCAAGUACAAAUGGAUCGUUAACGAGUCGAGGCGGCUCCACGAGGCCGGCGUGACACCCGCAGUCUGUGAUAAAAUACUUUACGAACAUGCUAUCGAGCUGUGUCAGAUGGCGGCCAUCGAGGAGCUGUUCGGCGACGUGAAGGAGUGCGAGCGGCGGUACAUGUCGGCGCAGGUGCUGCUGCACUCGCUUGUCCAGCGACACCCCCUCCACCCGCACCACCGCACCACGCUCUCCAAGUAUCGAGAUGCUGUACAGAGGCGAUUAAAUUGUCUAAAGGGUCCAAGAAAAAUUAUGGACGUUAAAUUAGAAGCUGGGAUCUCAUAAUGGAUUAAGUCAUUAUUAUUAUUAUUAAUUAAACAUAAGUACACAACGUAAAAUGAGAAGUGAUUUUAUUUUGUUUGCAACAAAAUGAGUCAAAGUGAUAUAAAACAAUAAAAAGUGAAUUAAAAAUAAAACGUGAAUGAAAAACGAACUUUAAGCAGAGAAUGUGUAGCUACGAAGAUUACCAGAGAUUGCAAUAGUGAGUUAUAUUUUUUUAAAUGUAUGUAGAUAAUAUGUAUUGUAGUGACAUCGUAGUGUGUUGUAGAAUCUUAAAUUUUAGUGCAGAGAUUUUAUUGGAGCUUUGACAAAUCACAUGUAGAUUAGAUGUUAGAAAUUAAAAAGGUUGUAUUUUUAUUUCUAUGUGGAACUCGGUCCGGAUUUCGAAUGCACUUAUAGGAUGGCCAUGAUUGUGUCGUAAGAAUUGAAAAGUACAUAAAUAAUAUAAAAAAUAAAAACAAAAAAAUAUAGGUUAGAUAAUGUAGAAUGAUUUUGCAAACUUAUCUCAUGAUGUAUUAAUUAACAUUUAAUUAUUACCGAUGUAGUGUGUUGUGUAAAGUGUAAGACGUUAUAUCUCAACAUGAACAUGCUAGAGAUCUCAUUAUCGACCAAUAACAAUAUGGCAUUUUUAGGUUAAGAAACAAAUUAUUUUAUUUAAGUAAUUUUAUUUCUAGACAAAUUGUGUAAAAUUAGUUUGUAUGUAUUGUCUAAACUUAUAUUAUAUCAUAUUUUAAUUGCCGAAUUGUGAUCAUUGUGUAUUAUCCUUUCAGAAAUAUCAUUGAAUGCUUUACCGGAAUAAGAAUAAAGACUGUUGUAUUAUAAAAAUAUUUUUUUUGUUUUAAUAAAUCUUAUUUCAACAUCA